CCGCCCCGCCCCGUGGCGGGCUGGUCACUCCCGUACCCGGGCUGUACUGUCGACAUGGGCACCGGCUGGAGGAGCCCGGGACGCUUGCGGCUGGCACUCUGCCUCGUUGGCUUUGCGCUGUCGAUGUACGCGCUGCACGUGAAGGCGGCGCGCGCCCGCGACCGGGAUUACCGCGCGCUCUGUGACGUGGGCACGGCCAUCAGCUGUUCGCGGGUCUUCUCCUCUCGGUGGGGCCAGGGCUUUGGGCUGGUGGAGCAUGUGCUGGGCGCCGACAGCGCCCUCAACCAGUCCAACAGCUUGUUUGGUUGCAUCUUCUAUGGCACACAGUUGCUGCUAGGUUGCUGGAGGGGACGGUGGGCCUCUGUCCUCCUGGUACUGAGUUCCCUGGUGUCUGUCGUUGGUUCUGUCUAUCUGGCCUGGAUCUUGUUCUUUGUGCUCCAUGAUUUCUGCAUCGUUUGCAUUACCACCUAUGCCAUCAAUGUGGGUCUGAUGUGGCUUAGCUUUCAGGAGGUGCCUGAACACAAGGCCAAAAGGCACUGAGGUGCCAUCUCAGGCCAGGCUGACCUAGUCUGCUUUGUUUGCCUUGCCCCACUCUCUUCAUUCAAAUCCUCCCCCCCAAUAACCACACACAGGACAAUGACCAAAUGUACCUCUAAGUUCUGUUCCCAAGAACUGUUUUCUGCUUUUGGCUAAAGAGAAGGAUUUUGAACAAUAAAUUUUCUUAUGUUGGUCAA